CGCCACAUCCUGCCCGCCCAGAGCCCUCCUUCCGCCGGGACGAGCCGCGCCGAACCGCGCCGGGCCGUGCCGAGCCGGGCAGGGCCGGGCAGGGCGGUGGCAGCUUCCGUGCGGGGCGAGCGGGAGCGGAGGCAGAGGUAGCGCUGCCGGUGCCCAGCCAUGAUGCCCUUCGGGGGGAUCGCUGCCCGGCUGGAGCGGGACCGCCUGAGAGCCGAGGGGGUCGGCCAGCACCACAACGCCAUCAAGUACCUCAACCAGGACUAUGAGGCCCUCAAACAGGAGUGCAUCGAGAGCGGAACCCUCUUCAGGGACCCCCAGUUCCCAGCCGGCCCCUCCGCCCUCGGGUUCAAGGAGCUGGGGCCGCACUCCAGCAAGACGCGGGGGGUGGAGUGGAAGCGCCCCUCGGAAUUAGUGGGUGACCCUCAGUUCAUCGUUGGCGGUGCAACCCGGACGGAUAUCUGCCAGGGGGCUCUGGGUGACUGCUGGCUUCUGGCUGCCAUCGGCUCCCUCACGCUCAACGAGGAGCUCCUGCACCGCGUGGUGCCCCAUGGGCAGAGCUUCCAGGAGGACUACGCUGGCAUCUUCCACUUCCAGAUCUGGCAGUUCGGCGAGUGGGUGGACGUGGUGGUGGAUGAUCAGCUGCCCACCAAGGAUGGGGAGCUCCUGUUUGUGCAUUCAGCGGAGUGCACCGAGUUCUGGAGUGCUCUGCUGGAGAAGGCCUAUGCCAAGCUGAACGGCUGCUACGAGGCACUUUCAGGAGGCAGCACCACCGAGGGCUUUGAGGACUUCACCGGCGGCGUGGCGGAGAUGUACGACCUCAAGCGGGCGCCGCGCAACAUGGGCCACAUCAUCCGCAAGGCGCUGGAGAGGGGGUCCCUGCUGGGCUGCUCCAUCGACAUCACAAGCGCCUUUGAUAUGGAAGCGGUGACCUUCAAGAAGCUGGUGAAGGGCCAUGCCUAUUCCGUCACAGCCUUCAGAGAUGUGAACUACCGGGGUCAGCAGGAACAGCUCAUCCGCAUCAGGAACCCCUGGGGUCAGGUGGAGUGGACGGGAGCCUGGAGCGAUGGCUCCCCCGAGUGGGACAACAUCGACCCCAGCGACAGGGAAGAGCUUCAGCUGAAGAUGGAGGAUGGAGAGUUCUGGAUGUCUUUCCGGGACUUCAUGAGGGAGUUCUCCAGGCUGGAGAUCUGCAACCUCACACCAGACGCCCUCACCAAGGACGAGCUCAGCAGGUGGCACACGCAGGUGUUCGAGGGCACGUGGCGCCGGGGGAGCACUGCUGGGGGCUGCAGAAAUCACCCAGCCACGUUCUGGAUCAACCCCCAGUUUAAGAUCAAGCUGCUGGAAGAGGAUGAUGACCCUGGGGACGACGAGGUGGCCUGCAGCUUCUUGGUGGCCCUGAUGCAGAAGCACCGGCGGCGGGAGCGGCGAGUGGGGGGCGACAUGCACACCAUCGGCUUCGCUGUCUACGAGGUUCCCGAGGAGGUACGUCCUAAGCUGCCAGAGCUCUUGGAAGGUUGCACAGGAGCAGGCAGGAGUGGGUUAACGCAGCAUGCGUACGCGCCGGGGAUUGGGAUUCCCACCAGGCUGGCAGUGCUUGGGAUGCUAAAGGGUGCUGGGCGGAUUCACGUAGGAUGGGUGGUCCGUGCCGGGCAGGACACCCAGAGCUCCUCCACGGGGCAGCUGCAGGGGGUGUGGGGCAGCAGGAUUUGUGCCCCUCUUCCAGCCCCAGACCCUGCGGGUCCCUGUCUGGCAGGGCUGUUGCCCACAAGUGCGUGUGCUCCCCAGGCCCAGGGCAGCCAGAACGUGCACUUGAAGAAGGACUUCUUCCUGCGAAACCAGUCGCGGGCGCGCUCCGAGACCUUCAUCAACCUGCGGGAGGUGAGCAACCAGAUCCGUCUGCCCCCUGGCGAGUACAUCGUUGUGCCCUCCACCUUUGAGCCGCACAAGGAGGCCGACUUCGUCCUGCGGGUCUUCACCGAGAAGCAGUCGGACACGGCGGAGCUGGACGAGGAGAUCUCUGCAGAUCUGGCAGAUGAGGAGGAAAUAACCGAGGAUGACAUAGAGGAUGGCUUCAAGAACAUGUUUCAGCAGCUGGCAGGAGAGGACAUGGAAAUCAGCGUCUUCGAGCUCAGGACUAUUCUGAACAGAGUCAUCGCUAGACACAAAGACCUGAAGACAGACGGGUUCAGCCUGGACUCCUGCCGCAACAUGGUCAACCUGAUGGAUAAGGACGGCAGCGCCCGCCUGGGGCUGGUGGAGUUCCAGAUCCUCUGGAACAAGAUCCGGAGCUGGCUGACGAUCUUCCGCCAGCACGACCUGGAUAAGUCGGGCACCAUGAGCUCCUACGAGAUGCGCAUGGCACUGGAGUCAGCUGGUUUCAAGCUGAACAACAAGCUGCACCAGGUGGUGGUGGCCCGCUACGCAGACGCCGACAUGGGCGUGGACUUCGACAACUUCGUCUGCUGCCUGGUCAAGCUGGAGGCCAUGUUCAGGUUCUUCCGCAGCAUGGACCCCGAGGGCACGGGCACCGCCGUCAUGAACUUCGCCGAGUGGCUGCUGCUGACGAUGUGUGGCUAGGAGCCAGGACUGAUCCGCUGUGCCUAGGACACGCCGGCAGGCCAGGCCCCCUCCAAGUGCCUCCCUUCGGGUCCGGGGCCACAGGGCAAUCUCCCUCCCCUCGCUCCAUCCCACGCCAAGCCACCAGCCCUGCCUCCCCGUGAGCCUCGCUCCACCCGCGCCCGUGGAGCAUUCGGCAUGGGGAAAGGCGGGCAGGGGACGCCCUUCUCCUCUUCUGGGCUGGGCUUGUUUUCCACCUCUCCCCCUCCUCUCGUCCCACCCCAGAAGAGGAGGAGGGCAAGCAGCAGGGGGUGCCUGGAGGUCACCGCACCUAGCUUCGGAGGCGAGCGAGGGAGGGAGGGGGAAAGCUGGGGCCAGCUGCCCAGAAGGGAGAGGAGCUGUGGGGGAGAGAGGGAGGGCUUGUAUCGCCCGCUCUAGUGCUGUCCCAUCCCCUCUGGCACGCGUUACCUGUCCCCUUGUGCAUGCCGGGGGGCAUCAGCAGGUGCUGCCUUGCUCGGGCAGGGGCAGCCAGGUCCUGGAAAACCAGGGCUGCCCUGCUGGGGAAGUCAGGCUGUGGGGAGGAGGAAGGUCUGCGCUCCCUGAAGCCCUUCCCUUGCACUCCUCCCCGCUAAGAACGACCAAAGCGUGGAGCCCUGGCUGGUCAGCUUCCUCCAGCCGAGGCUGCUUCCUGCGUGGCCUUCACCAUCUCCCUCCCACCUCCCUGCCCUCCGCCCCGCUUUGCCCCAUCACGUAAGCCCUGAAUUUCUGGGGGCUCCCCCUCCACGUGGCACGGCACGUGGGGCUCCUCUCCUCCCACGUGGGCACAGCCACGCAGCACAGCCAUGCCCCCACCCCAGCCUUUCCCCCAGGGCUGCCCUGGCCUCUCCCCCUGCCGCUGGGGGUGCUGGGGUUGGGCUCCUGCCCCCCAGCAGGGCCGCGGAGGGAACACAAGGGGGGGUGGUGGUGGUGGUGGUGGUGGUGGUGGUUCGGGGCGUUUCUCCAGCACACAGCUGUUGGUUUUCCCCCUUCUUCUCCCUCAUCCUCUCACCCUCCCCUCCCCUCUUCCCCUGGGUUCCUCCACCGAGCACACAGAUCACCUAGGUGGCUCCGGUGCCACUAUAUUUGCACUUCUCCGUCCUCGUCUUCUCCUGUGUGGGAAGGGGGUGGCUCCAGCAUGGCGGUGGGCGAGGGCCCAUCCGAGGCAGGCAGGCCAGUCGGCUGCCCCCCGACCCGGCGGCCCCGGAGGACGAGCUUGCAGCAAUAACCACUGCUGCCGCCCGGCAGCUCCGCUUCCUCGCCCCGCUGACCCUGCUCCGGGUUAAUAAAACGAGCUCCGUUGGA